ACCACUUGAUAAUCGGAGUGGAUAUUUUCUGAAUUCGAUUCUCUAAUUUGGUUGCAUCUGUAUGUAUAUAUAUAUGGCCUAGUCAGUAAGGCAAUUGAAUAAGAAUAAGUUGAGAGAGAGGGAGAAGAUCAAAAUGGGAGACUUGAUGCAGAGAAUCAUGGAAAUGAUUCAGGCUGAGGAAGCAGCCAAAGCCUCCAACAAUGGUUCUUCCAACUCAUUCAACAAUCACUCCUCCGGUCGCCAGGAUUUCGGCGGUGCAACCAUCAACAGUGGCCAAUAUGCUGGAAACCGUGACAGGUUUAACAACUCAAUCCACUACGAUGAACAGCUUCUGAAUAACAGUGGUACUUUCAAUGGUAACGGCAACGGUGGAAGUAUCCAGGGUGGCUUUGACGCCCGAACGAAGAACUACUACCGUCGCCCUUAUUAUUAGUUUAUUUAUUUCAUACAUAUACCCAUAAAUAAUUUAGAGCUGCAGCUCUAAUGGUAUAUGUAAUAAGUGUAAUGCUUUUCCACUGUUAUCUAAACCCUAAUCUUAUGUUCUAAUUUUUUUUUUUUAUUAUUGAAAGCUUCUCUCUAAGUAGAUGAGAGAUUCAUUAAAAAUACAGAAAGAAUAAAAAAUAAUGCCGUCAACCACAGAGGGAGCAGACUAUACCCUAUGUGAAACCUAUAUGUAUAAAACAAUUUCAUGUUUUAUU